AUGGACUCUUCAAAGAUGGAUCAAAUACGACAAGGCCUUUUGUCAUUAAAAUGGGGACAAUCGCCAGGAAUGACACAGCAGAGCACACCAUUAGAAAAGCAAGAUAGUUUAAAAAACGACCAAAAAGCUUCGGAUCUUGUACAUAUGACAAAAGGAAGAGCACAUCCACGCUCCCGAAGGCCUCCGAAACAAGUUUCACAAACGUCGGAAACAAAGUCUGCUGCAAGUGUCUCAAAUGACAAGGAUCACUCGAUGAAGCAAGAAAGCCAAGUUACUAUGAAAGAAGAUAAAGCCAAACUACAGGAUACCAUGGUCAAGUCGACCCAGCAACCCAAGAGUGCAUCAAGCCCCGCAAUGGAGCCUAUAAUUUCUAUGGAAAAUAAACCAGAUUUUGUUCAAGAGAGGAAAAACGUGGAUCAAGCUUCCUUGGACGAGAAGGAGGAACCAUCAGGGAAGGAGGAACAAAAAGACUCUGAAGAAGCAGAAGAAAAAAAGACGCUUGAAAAUAUAAAAGGAAGUGUUUUGAAAAACAAAAGCCGGUUUGAACAGAUCGAUACUUCAGCAUCGAAAGAAUCCCACCCUUCGGCUUCAAAAGAACCAGCUGUACGAGGCAAGGUAUUAAAUGAGAAAUCUCAUUUUGUGAGCGCAGCCAAAUUGGACGAGACGACGAAACCAAAUCGUUCUUCGGAAGAAAAAGUUAAUGCUUUAUCGGUCCCCAAACAACGGGCGCCCAUAGAGACACCUUCCUCGACAAAAGUGUCCCCUCUUGCUUCCCACUUUUCGUCUAAAAGCCUCCUCGACAAAGACAAAGACAAAGACAAAAAUAUCGGAAGAAAUCCCAAGAUUUUAGAAUUGAAAAAGAGGAUUGCGAGUCUGCAACAAGACACUACGUCUUCGCAUGAAUCUCUUAGCAAACUCCGGUCUGCUUCGUCCGUCUCUUUACCUUCAACCAAAACACCAAACAACGAUAGCACAGUACGACAGGUUACCCCACAAUCUCAUUCAGAUGCUGUAAAGGUAAUUCCGAAUCAUAACGAGGAUUUGAUUAGGCACAGUUUAUCCAUGAAAACUGGAGAAUUAAGCUCUUUUGCACCGGCUAAUCCGACCAAUGAAGAACGUGCUCACCGAACGUCGCUGAAACCAGCUGAAGCAAAAGAAACAGGUAAAGACGAGGCGACUACGCCAUUGAGAAGUCGUGUACCAGAAUUGAACCAGUUCACUGGGCCUAAUCUGGCCUGUAGUGAGGCACUACUAUCCAGAUGGAAACGAGAGAAACAGCAAUCUCAAGCAAAUGAUACUUCUGCCACAAAUCGGUGA